AUAGGCAACCCCAGCCCUCUGCUCUGGUCAUGUGUUAAGUGGCUACGGUGAUGUGAUGAGCACAGACUUGAGGGCAGACAAUGAAUGUGUUGGUGCCAUCUGCUGGCUUUGUUUCCUGCUUAGUGCAAGCCUGUGGGUGCAGGUGUGUGCAGGGUGCCCAGAGGGUUGUAAAUGUGCCUGGGAGAGCCAGACAGUGCUAUGUGUUUCUGCAGGCCUGCUGGAAGUCCCUCGGGAUCUGCCUUUGGAGACAGUCUCACUCCACCUGGAGCAUAAUUUUAUACGUACCAUUCCAGAGGAUGCCUUCCAGGAUCUGCUGCAUCUGCAAGACCUUCACUUAUCACACAAUAAAAUUGACUCACUUGCAUCUGGGGCAUUGCGUCACCUGAGUACUGAACUCCGACUCCUUGACCUCUCCUACAAUCAGUUGAGGUAUGCCAGGCGAGAAGAACUUGGUGUCACUCGAGCGAAGACCCGACUCUAUCACAACCCUUGGCAUUGUGAUUGCAGCCUGCAGCAACUAAUUGAGAGCCUCAAUUUGGAGCCUGAGACAGUGCAUGAGAUUGUGUGUAAAAGCUCAGCUCGGGGGACCAACGAGGGCAGCCGCUGGGAGGAGGCAGGACCAGUGACUGAUCACGUGGGUCAACCUCUAGUCAAAUUACUUAACUCUGGAGUGAAUUUCUGCAGUCUGCAACGCAGGACUAUUGAUGUGGCCAUGCUGAUCAUCAUGUUUGUGUGGUUCUUCAUGGUCAUUGGGUACGUGGUGUACUAUGUAAGACAGAAUCAGGCACAGGACACAAGACACCCCGCAUCCUUCCCCAGCACACAAAUCUACCACAGAAACCAACAUUUUAUGAAUGGUAACAAAUCAGCAUGUCCGAAGGAUGCAUUGUGUGUAUCUGAUAGCAUUUAAGUUAAUAUCCUGGAUAUACAGAAGGGUUUGCACAGUCCCAGUUCUGUAUGUAUUGUUGGGACUUAACUGCAAAAACAAUCAGGAAUCAAGAGUUGAUGCCAAAGCUUUGACCUUGAUUCCACAAGGUGACAUUCAACCACAUGCACAAGGAGGAGGAGUGAGAUAUUCUGUCCAGACAGUCUGUAUGAAAAAUAUAUCCUUCCACAACACACACAUGAAUAGUCCAGCCAGUGGCAUCACAAGUCACCCCUGGGCCCAAAUGCAGAGCUUUUAGGCAGAGCCCCCUUAAUCUGAGAACCUGGUGGCAGUGGUGACAGAAUUGUUUUUUACCUUUAUAAAUGCUUCAAUUUCUACAUAUUUAGGAUUUCCCUGUUAAUCCAAGUUUAUAUUCUCAGGCUGUGAUUAAUCUUUUCCUCUUUGGCAGCACAGUUGCCUGUUCUGCAUAAACAUCAAGCUUUUAUGUGCAUACUGCACAAAGAU